CUCGUGCUGCUGAUCUGCGCCAGCCUGUGAAGGCAAACUCGUCCGAUCCUGAAGUUCCGCCAGGGAGGAGGGACCUGAAGCGGGUUCGGCCCGAGCCUGAAUCCGCCCCGGAGAAUGCUAUUAGGGUUGUAGGUCUGGGAGCCAAUAGUCCGGGAAUGUAGCAGGGCGUGCGACGGUUCAGUCAGAGCAGGACGGGACCAGGCAGGGCCAGGCUGGGAUAGGCCGGUUCCAAGGCAGACUUGCCGAACCUGCUAGAGGUUCGGGAGGAUCAGUCUCGGCAGUUAGUGGUGGAGGAUCGGCAGAAAAUGGUAGAUUGUCUGUGAAGAGGCGUUUGGGUGCGGCUGCUGGUGUUAGCACAGUGACUGGCACUGGCGCUGGAGCUAGUGCUGGUUCUCGUCCCGGUGCUACUGGUGCUGCUGUUGGUAGCGCUGGGGCUACUGCUGCCGCUGGUGGUGCCGUUACUGCUGUUGGUGUUCGUGGUCGUGCUGACACAUUGUCUGAAGCUACUGGGGCCGGCAUCAGGGAAGGGAAUGGUGCUGUUCCUGGCACAGGUGUCAAGAGCCGAUUGGCUGCCAGGCUGUCAGGGCCUGGGGCAAGCCGAGUGCUGGGAGAGUUGGAGGAGCAGCCUCUGGUGCCGAUGCUGCUGGUGCUGGCGCUGAGUCAGAUGCUGUGGGUGCUGUUCCUCGUAUUGCUGUUGCUGCUGUUGUUGCUGGUGCUCCUGGGAGGAGAUUCUGGCGGAGAAGAGGAAAAGUCGGGGGGAAGAUGUCGCAUCACCAGCCGCAACAGCAGCACCAUCGCUACCGCCUGGAACAACAGGCACUGCUGGUGGAACAGGAGCAGCAGCAGAGUCAGGCACUGCGAUUCAAGCAAGAACCAAGGCACAGCACACCAGGGUUGUUAUUGGUCGUCUACCCCCAAGAGUGCUGGAGAUACAGCUCCUAAGAAGGUGUGUGAUCAGCCUGCUAGUGCUGCUGGUGAACCUGAUAAUGCGACAGCCAGUGCGUCAGCUGGUAAGGCUCCUGGUAGGGCUGCUCUCUUCUCCGGCCCUCGGCCGCUGUCAGAGCUACUCAAGCGCAAGCGAGCGAGCAACGAGGGAGAGGCGGGGCAGACGAGUGCACUGAGAGCAGAGGGGGCUACAGGUCAGGGGAAGGUGGGUAAGGCCAGGAGGCUGUUGAAGGGGCUGGGUGCGCGUGCUGAAGGAGGGUUGGUGGGAGCAGAGGUGAAAACGGCAGGCACAGGAGCAUCAAUGGCUGGGACUGGAGUAACAGUAGUAGGCACAGGAGCAGCAGGAAGUGGAGCGAGUGUUGUGAGUGCCAUGCCGGCUGCUCCAACUCUUGUGGAGCAGCCGACAGCUGGAGCGGGAAGUGGCGGCGUGGUGAAGGCUGCUGCUGCUACUGCUGCCCAUGCUACUACCCCUGCUAUGGCCACUGAUCCUGCCUCUGCUGCUCCUGUGGCUGUUCCAGCAAAGGAGGAGGCUGGACAAGCAGUUACAGCUAAAGCGACCAAAGAUGUUGAUGACGGCAUUCUCCUAAUUCGGAGUGGUAGCUCUCAGUCAAAGGGCGAGAGAGCAGUAGGAGAGGUGGACUUCGGAGAUGAGGAUCUGGUAGGUGAAGACGAUGACGAGGAUUAUGAUUUGGAGGGGAAGCUUGGCGAUUUAUGGUGAGAUAAGUGGCCGUAAACAAGCUAUAAUUUCUCAAACCCCUCUCCAACUCCACGCACUGUGUGAGAUUAUAAUCAUUGAUAGGGUUGUACGGCAGGGCCUAUCUUUGGUCUUUACUACUCUGAUUUUCACGA